AUGUACUCACAACAUGCCACAAUGGCACCCCAAAAGCCGGAAACCUUCAUGCUGAGUACCGAAGCGCAGCAGGCAUUGCCGCACGAUGCUCAGGUCGCACUUCAACAAGUAGACAAUUUAAAAUAUUUCCUCAUCUCAGCCCCAGUUGAUUGGCAACCAGAUCAGUAUAUUCGCCGAUUUUUACUGCCCACCGGCGAGUACGUCUCUUGUGUGUUGUGGAACAAUCUCUUUCACAUCUCCGGAACCGACAUUGUACGAUGCCUGUCAUUUCGAUUUCAGGCUUUUGGCCGCCCUGUCAAGAACUCCAAGAAGUUCGAGGAAGGCAUCUUUUCUGAUUUACGAAAUCUCAAGUCUGGCACCGAUGCGUCCUUGGAAGAACCCAAAAGCGCGUUCCUUGACUUUCUCUACAAAAACAAUUGCAUUCGGACACAAAAGAAGCAAAAAGUCUUCUACUGGUAUAGUGUUCCACAUGACCGCCUCUUUUUGGACGCUCUUGAGCGGGACUUGAAGCGAGAGAAGAUGGGUCAGGAGGCCACCACAGUUGCAGUCAGCGAGCCUGCAUUGUCGUUCCAAUACGACUCGUCCCAGUCCUUGUACGAGCAACUGACAAAGACGCAACAAGCCAACUCGUCUUCAUUCAAUGCCCAACAGGCCACGUCGUUUCCUCAAAGCCAGUCGACUUCUCCCGUAUUGAGGGCCAUGGACUCUAUGCCACCUCCGAGCAUCAUGCCUCAAAACAUGGCUGCGCCCGUGGGUGAACCGAUGGACCACCACAUGGUCUCUUACGAAGCCAUGCCGAUGGCCACCGCAGUUCCCCAGCAAGUUGCUCACGUCAAAAGAGAACCUGACCUCACCCGUGUCCAGUACAACCAAAAUGGUGUGCCCAUCACGCACGGCCAUCAGAGACAUGCGUCCAUGCCCACCUACGGCUUAGAGUACUCUCCCGCUCCGUCCUUUGUUUCCUCUCAGUACGAGGACUAUAGCAACCGAGGCAUCUCUUUCGAGCCCAUCACCCCGCCUCAGCAUGCACUGGCCAUUACGGGAGAGCCUGCAUAUAUCGCCAACGAGGAGACCGGAUUGUACUCUGCCAUCCCUGAUCAUCUUUCGGGGGUCAAUAGUCUCAAUGGCAUGGUUCCGUUGCCCCCUUCCAACCUGGCCGGAUCGCAGUUCACUCGUUCGUACGGCACAAAUAAUGUAUAUUCUGUCAUCGAAGGUUCUCCGACGUACAAGCAGCGACGACGUCGGUCUUCGAUUCCGCCGCAAAUGUCCGCUAUUCCCGGUGCACCUGUUCCCAACGCCGCAGCUCACCGGCCGUCUGAUUUGAGACGAUCCGUUUCAGCCUCUGUUGGUCCUGUGGCUGAGGGUGAAGAGUCGGCCGAUAAUUCCCCCCCUGGACUUUCCUACAGUGCAUCCGGCAUGUCCAUGGUCAGCCAACAACACAAGGAUGUUGUCGAUUUGUCUCGGCACGGUACGCCACUGUCCAACGUGGAUGUGAGCCCCGCACUGAACUCCAUGGCCCUUCAACAAGGCUAUGGAGAUGAGCUUUCUCACGACGGCGUCAUCAAAGAUCACCGUCGCACCCUGUCUGGCCCCAGCGGCGUCAUUCGACGGGCUCGUUCGGCUACUGUGAUGGAGCUAGGCCCAUACCCCCACAAGUCUCACUCAUGCCCUAUUCCAACUUGUGGGCGACUCUUCAAGCGUCUCGAGCAUUUGAAGAGACACGUCCGAACACAUACGCAAGAGAAGCCCUACAUUUGUCCUCACUGCAGCAAAGCAUUCUCUCGUUCUGACAACCUUGCUCAGCACAAACGCACUCACAGCCGCGAAGAUGGCGGCGAGGGUUCUUUCAACCUCUCCGCCGAGGAGGAAGAGGAGUACUCGGGCGAAGAUCGCCUCGGCUCUGUCGAAGAGGCAUCUCCUACGUCGGAAGCUGCAUACGUUCCUACCUCUCUCAAUGCUGCUGCCAACGAAUCCGUCUCAUCUUCAAAUAAUAUCGGCAACACCCACAAUAGCGCCAUGCACCAGCCUCAGGCAUUCAGCAGCUUGCAAACCCUCAGCAUGCCCAUGACUAUUAGCCAACCAGCUACGAUUAACGCCAGCGGCAUGAUGUAA